AUGGCAAGAGUGUUCAUAACAGGUGCAACGGGCUACAUUGGUGGGGAUGUUCUGUCACAGCUCGAACCAAAGUACCCCGGGAUAAUAUUCAGGGUGCUAACUCGUGACGAGCAGAAGGGGAAGCUUAUAAAAGAGCAACAGCCAGCCGUUCAGAUAGUGAGCGGAGAUCUUAAUGAUGCAGCCUUACUACAAGAAGAAAGUGCUCAAGCUGAUAUCAUCCUCCAUACAGCAGACGCAGCAGACCAUCCCACUGCUGCUAGGGCAAUAGCCGCUGGUGCUAUUCAAGGACACACACCUGAACGACCAGCUUAUUGGAUACAUACCAGCGGAGCCGGGAUUUUCAGCUAUCUGGAUGAGGACGAGAAGAGAUACGGACUGGUUGGAGACAAGGUCUUCGAUGACUGGGAUGGCAUCCAGGAGAUCAUCAGCAUUCCUGACCAUGCCUUUCACCGGAACGUUGAUAAGAUUGUUUUCGAAGCCACUGCCAGCCAUCCAGAUGUUUUGCAUGCAGCUAUCGUGUCACCAACCACCGUUUAUGGCGUUGGCCGAGGGCCCUGUUCAAAACGCAGCAGACAAGUCUAUGAGCUCGCAAGGACGACCUUGUCACGCAAGAAAGCUCCUUACAUAGGAGAUGGCGAAUCGCGUGGAUGUCAUGUUCACAUUCACGACGUGACAGACCUAAUUUUGCGCUUAUUCGACGCCGCAUUGGCAAAAGAAAAGAGCCUCUGGGGCCCCGAGGCGUACUACCUUGCGGAGAAUGGUGAACAUAGCUGGAGCGACGUGGCGCGUUCAAUCGCCAAUAUAGCAGUAGCGGAAGGCUACCUUACCGAUAUUGCUACUGAGCAGCUUGAAUUUGAAGAAGCAAAGAGACAGGCGGGCUAUGAAGCUGCUAGUUGGGGGCUGAAUGUGCGUUCCCGCGCUAUACGUGCGCGGAGGCUAUUGCAUUGGACACCAGCCGGACCAAGUCUAGAUGAUGAGUUGCCUGGAAUAGUCAGAGCGGAGUGGGAGUCACUUCAAAAGUCUUGA